AUGGCCAACGAGUCCAUCGCCUACAGUAUACUUCUGCCGACAUAUAACGAGCGCCAGAAUCUGCCAAUCAUUGUGUGGCUUAUUGUCAAAUACAUGGAUGAAUGUGGUUACGGCUAUGAGAUAAUCAUAAUCGACGACAACAGUCCCGACGGCACUAUAGAAGCGGCCAAACAAUUGCAACUCAUUUACGGCGAGAAUCGUAUCGUUUUGAGGCCGCGGGAGAAGAAGUUGGGUUUGGGAACCGCUUAUAUGCACGGAUUGAAGCACUCCAGAGGUCGCUUCGUUAUCAUCAUGGACUCAGACCUAUCGCAUCACGUAAUGAGGACAGCAAUAGGGCGUCGUAUCCGUAGUAAGCGGUGGACAACACAUCCUUCGGUGUAUUGGCGUUCACUUGAAGCCAAUCGCCAUAAUUAG